AUGAGCACAACGCAGCCGGCAAGCUAUGCAAAAAAGAAAAAUUAUAUCUUUGAAAAGACUUUGGGAAAAGGCACCUUUGGUGUCGUGCGCUCAGCCACGCACCUGCGUCCAGAUGGGUCGAAGGAGCCGGUAGCCGUGAAGAUCAUCAGUAAGCACCUACUUAAGGGCCAUGAAGAGACGGUCAUGCGUGAGAUUGAGAUGGUCCAGAGCCUCGACCACCCCCAUAUCGUAAAGCUCAUCGAGUGGUUCGAGUCGAAUGAUAAGUUCUACCUCGUGUUCGAGGAAGCGAGCGGUGGCGAGCUCUUCGACCGCCUUGCACGCGGCCGCUUUACUGAGCGAGUCGCAUGCCGCACCAUCUACGUGAUUCUGGAAGCCAUCAGCUACAUGCACCACCACAAUACUGUUCACCGUGAUAUCAAGCCCGAAAACAUCCUAUACCGCUCUGAGGCCGACGAUGCGAAUAUUGUACUCGUCGACUUUGGAAUUGCGACGCAUUUGCGCCACCAGAACGAUGCAGAUUUGCAUGACAUGUGCGGCAGCAUCGGGUAUGCUGCGCCGGAGGUCGUCGCAAAGAAGCACUACGGCAAACAGGUCGACAUGUGGGGUCUCGGCGUCGUAACGUUUUGCAUGCUGUGUGGAUUUGCACCCUUCUCGAGCGCGGAUCCUGCCCUCUUCCGCCGCCAGGUCGAAUCUGCCGAUAUCACGUUUGAUCAAAAGUACUGGGCCACCGUGAGCGACACGGGCAUUGACUUCGUCAAGCGCUGCCUCACGCGCGAUCCUGACGAGCGCAUCACCUCAGACGAGGCGCUCCAGCACCCUUGGUUUGCUCGUCUCCAGGACACACAGCAGGACGAUACACAGGAUAUUGGCGCGGGUAUCCGAGAGAAUUACCGAUCCAAGUGGAAGUCGGCCGUGGCGACGCUCGGAACCAACAACGCCGCGCGACGAGGGUGA